GCCAGGCCGGGUCUGACGAGACGCAGCGCGCAGCGGGCAGACUAGGGAGCGGACGCGGCGGGCGGAGGACUUGGAAACCUCAGUCAUUCAAGCCUGCCCCAGAUGGAAGUUCGUUCUCUAUGAGCCAAGCCUCUUGCAUGAAGAGGCUGGAAGACAGGAACUGUCUCCGCCUGUCAAGAAGCCCCCACAAGUGUCUUGCCAUGGAUGUAGAAGAUGAAGAGAGCAUGAUUCCAGAGGGUGGCGGGUGCCCCAGGAAGGUCAGAUGCUCCAGGAAGGGGGACACCUACUGCUGGGAGCUGCCUGGGGGACAGCGUCUCCUCGCUGGCACUGCACGUGACCUGCCUCAAGCUUCCCUCACAAGCCUUCUUCUGGAGUGGUUCCCACGCAGAGCCGGCUCAGUGCUCCUCCCAGGACAUGGAUGCAGCAAUGGCCCUGGAGCGCUGCCACUCCAUGGUGCCUGUGGACAGAGCCCUGGCUCGCCAUGGUCACUGUGGACUUGCUUGGGGCUGUGGCGGAAGCACCUGCUGCUGACCUUGGCCUCGGGUGGUGUGGACCGCGCUGGCCCAGCUUGAGUUGCUCUGCGCCUGCAGGGCUGUUCCUGCUGCCGUCCGGAACGGCAGCCUUCCUGCUCUUGAGAGACUACAGACCUGGCUAUGGGUGUCUGCCAGGCAUCUGCCUAUCAUUUCUAAGAGCAAGAGUGAACUCAGUCCCAGUUCAGAGAACGGGGCUUACGCUGUAAGGUCAUGCGCCCCAGGGUCCUUGGAGCCACCCAGGGGCUGCGGAGUGUGUCCCCAGCCCUGGGCCUAGUGACUUAAGCCUAUGAAGGCCCUCCUGAAGAAUUUUCUGGAAGAUGAGCUGCUUGGUGUUGUUCCAAAAGUGAAAUGCCAGGCCAAUGUUUUCUUUCAUUUUGAGAGCAACUAAAAAUUUUACCAUGGUAAACAUACAUCUCUCUGAAGGGGAUUGCUGAGCAGUGCUGAGAGCCACCUCUGUGUUGGAGGCCUUGAGAGCAGGCCCUCCUUCUCUAAUUCUAGCAUUUUACUUUCCUUUAUAAUAGCCUCUUUCACGGAACACGGAACACCAGUGGUCCUUUAGAAGUGCCUAAGAGUUCAGAAUCGCUGGACUGUGUCACAGUGUACUUUUCUUCUCAUCACAGGACUGUUUGUCAACUUUGACGCUGGUUAUCAUUAUGUUUGAAAAGAAAGGAUUGGUUGUUUCAGAGGUUCCAGCAGCGCAGAUGUUAAAGAAAACCGCAAUCUGGACAACGUGUCCCCCAGGGACAGUGGCACACCCGGGCCCGUGGAGGGCGCCCAGCUCACCCAUGGGGGUGGUGGCGGAGGUGGCAGGAAGCGGCCGCUGGAGGAGGGCAGCAACGGCCACUCCAAGUACCGCCUGAAGAAGCGGAGGAGGAUGCCAGGACCCGUGCUGCCCAAGAAUGCACUCAUGCAGCUGAAUGAGAUCAAGCCGGGUCUGCAGUACACGUUGCUGUCACAGACGGGCCCUGUGCACGCCCCGCGUUUCCUCAUGUCCGUGGAGGUGAAUGGACAGGUGUUCGAGGGCUCAGGCCCCACCAAGAAGAAGGCCAAGCUGCAUGCAGCCGAGAAGGCCCUGCGUUCCUUCGUGCAGUUUCCCAAUGCCUCCGAGGCGCACCUGGCCAUGGGCAGGACUCUGUCCAUGAACACGGACUUCACAUCCGACCAGGCCGACUUCCCCGACACUCUCUUCAAUGGCUUCGAGACGCCCGACAAGGCAGAGCCACCUUUCUACGUGGGCUCGAAUGGCGAUGACUCCUUCAGCUCCAGUGGGGACCUCAGCCUAUCGGCCUCCCCAGUGCCUGCCAGCCUGGCCCAGCCGCCGCUGCCCGUGCCACCUCCCUUUCCACCACCGAGUGGGAAGAACCCAGUGAUGAUCCUGAACGAGCUGCGCCCAGGGCUCAAGUAUGACUUCCUGUCUGAGAGCGGCGAGAGCCAUGCCAAGAGCUUCGUUAUGUCUGUGGUGGUGGAUGGCCAGUUCUUUGAGGGCUCGGGGAGGAACAAGAAACUGGCCAAGGCCCGGGCCGCACAGUCUGCACUGGCCACCAUCUUCAACCUGCACUUGGACCAGACACCAUCGCGCCAGCCUGUGCUCAGUGAGGGCCUGCAGCUGCACCUGCCACAGGUGCUGGCAGACGCCGUCUCUCGCCUGGUCCUGGGUAAGUUCAGUGAUCUGACGGACAACUUCUCCUCGCCACAUGCUCGCAGGAAAGUGCUGGCCGGAGUCGUCAUGACCACAGGCACAGACGUCAAGGACGCCAAGGUGAUUAGCGUUUCAACAGGGACGAAGUGUAUCAAUGGCGAGUACAUGAGUGACCGCGGGCUGGCACUGAACGAUUGCCACGCAGAAAUCAUCUCCCGGAGGUCCCUGCUCAGGUUCCUCUAUACUCAGCUGGAACUCUACCUGACUAGCAAAGAGGACCAGAAGAGAUCCAUCUUCCAGAGGUCGGAGCGAGGCGGCUUCCGGCUGAAGGACACCGUGCAGUUCCACCUGUACAUCAGCACCUCACCCUGUGGUGACGCCAGGAUCUUCUCGCCCCAUGAGCCGGUGCUGGAAGGUACAGGCGGACCCUCAGGAAGCCUCCCUCGGGAGCCUGCAGACAGACAUCCGAAUCGUAAAGCGAGGGGACAGCUACGCACAAAAAUAGAGUCCGGGGAGGGGACGAUCCCAGUGCGCUCCAACGCCAGCAUCCAGACAUGGGACGGCGUGCUACAGGGGGAGAGGCUUCUCACGAUGUCCUGCAGUGACAAGAUCGCCCGCUGGAACGUGGUAGGCAUCCAGGGGUCCCUGCUCAGCAUCUUUGUGGAGCCCAUCUACUUCUCCAGCAUCAUCCUGGGCAGCCUGUACCAUGGCGACCACCUCUCCCGGGCCAUGUACCAGCGCAUCUCCAACAUAGAGGACCUGCCGCCACUCUACACUCUCAACAAGCCCCUGCUCAGUGGGAUCAGCAAUGCAGAGGCACGGCAGCCAGGGAAGGCGCCCAACUUCAGUGUCAACUGGACAGUGGGGGACUCCACUAUCGAAGUCAUCAAUGCCACGACAGGGAAGGAUGAGCUGGGCCGCGCGUCGCGCCUGUGUAAGCACGCAUUGUACUGUCGCUGGAUGCGUGUGCACGGCAAGGUCCCCCCGCACUUGCAGCGCAGCAGGAUCACUAAGCCCACCACGUACCACGAAUCCAAGCUGGCAGCGCGGGAGUACCAGGCCGCCAAGGCCCGCCUGUUCACCGCCUUCAUCAAGGCAGGGCUGGGCGCCUGGGUGGAGAAGCCCACAGAGCAGGACCAGUUCUCACUCGCGCCCUGACACUGGUGGCUCCUGGCAGUGACCCCUGAGGCUCAUAGCUGAACUGGACAGGCGCACACCGGGCGGGCGUGUGGGGGCCCCGGGGCCCGCACCUGGACCAGGGCAGGCGCAGGGGCACGUGGGGUGCAGGGCAUCUCACUCUGAAUCUGGGUGUGCGGGUAGGCAUGGGGAUAGGCCCAGCGCCACCACCUGCUGUCCCUGGCCCCACGCUCCCCUGCCCAUUACCCAGUGACUGCUUCCAACCUCAGUUUACGUUAGACAUUGAGUUCUACUGAGUAGGGCUUCCUUAAGUUUAGGAAAAUAGAAACUACUUUGUGUGAAAUUCUUGAAUAAAUAAUUUAUUCAGAGUUAGGAACGUGGUUUAUAAAAUAAGUAAUUAUGUCAGGUCACUUUAUGCCACAUUAUUUUAGUUGCAAAAGGGUUUCUACAUGGAGUAGGGUAGGAAGGUGGAGGCAGGGCUUGGGGCCCUUGAGAUUGGCACGCUCGUCCUGCACAGGCCUGGACCUGCGUUCUUCACCAUUAGUCACACAGUAGGUUUUAAUGCCCUGGCAACACUGGCAUGCUGUCACGUGACCCUGAGGCAUAGGCCAGGCCCCCGUGGUGGUGCUGUGUCUGCUGCCACAGCCCCACUAGGGACCCCAUGUUCCAGUGGGGUCAGAUCAUGGAAACUUACUUGACUUCCAAACAAUUCCAGAUUAGACCCAUCCAGAGGCCUUGUCCUGGCCAUUCCUUUGGUGGCGUUGUUGACAGGACUUGUCUCUGAACUUCUCCACCCCUCCUGGGGACCUGCACAUGGGAAAGACUACGGCCCAGGGACGCCCAGGAUGGAACCAGAAUCGCCUGGUAGUCUCUCAUCCUUGGAGCAUGCUGCAGAGGCAUGUUUUAAAGUUACUGUUUUUAGCUUUAUCAAAGACAUAUUUGAAAACUAAAAAGCACGCAGGCUGGGGCUGGCUAGAUGGUGUGACGCUGCGAGGGGCAGUCCAGGCAGUGAUGUCACAAGGUAGAGCUCAGGUGCUGCUGGCAUUGUGAGGGGGCCUUGGAACGUGGCUCAGCACACCAGUGCCCAGGAUGGCCCAGCGGUUGGAACCUGGGUGACCGCCGGGACCUGUGCUUAGGGACUUGCAGCAGGUGCCUUGUAGCUUCCACUCAGGGUUAGAGGAGCCAGGAAUGGUGUGUGUGCCACCACCAGCUCAGUGCUAUCUGCACUCCAGUGAUUUUGGGAGGAGAGAUUGGUGGCCAGGAGCAGAGGUACAGACCUCACCCUCUAGCAUAACCACCAUGGCCACCACUAAGGCACUGAUGACUGUGGCACCGAGCUUCACACAGAUAUCUGGAGACUACCAGGCAACAGCCUGGAGUUCUCAGCACUCUCCCUGGGCCUGCAGGGGCCUGCCACCUCCAUGGUGGCAUCCCUGUGCCUCAGGAUCAGAGGCCCGGUCUGCGCACAUCCAGGUCCAGGACAAACACACCAGCCUUCUCUGCAGCUGGGGUGGCGGCCCCUGGCUGGCAGGGUCCUGGGCCCAUGUGCCACCAUGCAGUCUCAUUUCAAUCAAAUGGAUAGGGUUAUCUUUACAACCAUAGGAAGAUACCUGGUGGUGCUGCUGCCCUCCUGAGUAUGCUCCAGAAAAAUCUUUUAUUCCUGGCUCCAUAAAUUGUAUUUUUUGUAGUGGGGAUUGGGAGAUGGACUUAGUUUUUGAGAAAUAUGUGGAUUUUGGGUAUAAAGUCCAAAUAUGUUCCAUAUACAUAAAAAUAAAACUACUCAGUAUGCCUGGCUGUUCCUUCUGUUGGGUUGUAGCGCAAUGGUGCACAGUGGACCCCAUCUCAGAAGCAGAUGUCCCACGAGUUCAGGGCCUGGGCACUGGAGAGAGGGAUAAAGGUGGCCUGGGGACCAGAGGGCAGAGUGUUGGCCCCCUCUGCCUCCAAGACAGGACCACAGAGACAACUCGGCUGCAGUAAGAAGAAGCAAGGCUUCCUGCACGAGAGCAGUCAGGACAUGCCCAACGUCAUCUGUCACAUCACUGCUCAGCUGCAUCCCACGUCCUAGAUCCACACCUAAGAGACUUCACAGAAAACCAGACACAGCCAGAGACUUGACAUUUUGAAGAAAAACCAAAACAAAAAAACCAAAACCCAUAAGUGUUAAGGAUAUCUUGCCAACGGGGUGGUCAGUUCUGUCAGGUCAGUGAACCCCAGGGUGUUACUUCCAUGAAGACCCUGUUCCGCAGGAUGGUUCAGGAACAGCUUUGCUCAGUGGGGAGGUCAGCACUGGGAGGGGAUGAAGAUGGCACAAUCUGUGUAGAUCUGGGGUUCUCCCAGGGGUCAGGGCCCAGGGAUGGCCGGUGACCUGAUGGACAUUGGCCAUCUCUAGUCACCAUGACUGCCUGCUCUUCUCCAGCAAGGAUGCCAAAAGCCACAGAUUUGAUUCUGCAUCGUAUCUUCCAUCACCCUUUCCUGUUUGGGAAAUUGUUCUGUGAUUAAAAGGAAUUGUUUUUAAAUGUAUACACCUAAGGCUUAUAAGGGUCUGACUUCUUGGGAAUUAUAGUCACCACUUUGUUCUCAAGCCAAGUUCUCCUUGCAGCGAGGCAGGCAGCCAUCAUCCCCACCAGGUGACAGGUCUGAGGGAGGUGCAUGCCACCAGGGAGAGCUGGACUGCACCCCAGCUUCUGUGCAGGUGAAUACUGUGCGGUACUGCUGAGGCUUUUUACAUCAGAAAUAGCAGCUCAAUAUGCUCUGUUCUGACCCAAGAGAAAUAAAAUUACCUGACUUGCCAUUUGUAAAGUGUGUGAAAUUAAAUAUCCUUUCAAUCACCUCCAAAUUGUAUUUGUGGAAAGGGUAGAGGACUUGUGUCUGGUGUGUGUUGUUCCCCUGUGUCCUUGUUGCCUAACAUGUCCUGUGACAAUCAGUCUCCCUGUGUACAAGGAGGGAUUUUGCGCUACCCCAUUGUCCAACCUGCAGUCCUGAGUUCCCUGGAGGCUGAGAGUGGAAGCAGGGAAACCCCUGACUGGGGUCUGCUGUAACCAUGACUUGGCUGUGCGAGUGCGUGGGCUUUCAUUUCCUGAAGAAGUAUCUCCCGUGGGCAGCACCCUGCCCUUCCUUGUUUACAGUGGGGGGAUGGUGUGGAAGGAGCUGAGGUCUUCCUCCUAAAGGGAGCACAGUGGUUAAAAGCACAGUCUACGGAAUGUUAAUAAGGAAGCCCCUAAGCUGUUUGCUUUUUCAGGCUUUGGGUUAUAUGCUUUUAAUUUGAUUUUAGAAUUUGGACACUAUAUGAAUGUAAUUCAGCCAAGAAACUUGUUGCUAAGAUACAAUCCUCAGUGUUCUCCGUAUGUAUAUUUAUGUAUAUAACACACAUUACAGCCUGCAUGAGCUUUCUCUCACACUAGGGCCAGCUGGAGCUGAGCAUGAGACGCUGUCACACCUAGACAAAGGACUUGAGAUGUUCUCAAUAAAAAUAAGACGUUUCACUA